AUGAAUUCUGAUGUCGAUGCUUCAAUUGCGGCCCAGCGGGAUGAAACCAAUUUUCACCACCCAUACUCGCCCUAUGACGUCCAACUUGAAUUCAUGAAAGCAGCAUAUGAUGUUCUCGCGCGUGGCUCAGGCCAGAUAGGAAUCCUCGAAAGUCCAACGGGCACAGGAAAAUCGCUAUCGCUUAUUUGUGCGUCAAUGACUUGGCUGCGAGACUUCAAGAGACGCGCCUUCACAGCUUCAAUGCAGAUCGAUCCCAAGGAGGCCGAGGGCGAGCCCGACUGGAUAAUCGAGCAGAUGUUGCGGCGCAAAAGAAACGAGCUCGUGGCAAAAUGGGAGGAACGUGAGGCGCGGCUGGAAAAGAUCCGCCAACAGGAAAAGGAUACAGAAGCACGCGCAAGCAAGCGGCGCCGUAUCGACCGAUCGGAAUUAAAACCAAGAUCACGGGUAGUAGAUGAGGAAGAAGCCGAAUUCCUUAUCGAUGAUUGGGAAGAUGGCGGCGACGCUCGAGCUUCGGAUGAAAAGGAUGCUCUCGACGGGUUGAGCAAGGAGACAAGAGCACUGCUGGACAAUAUUGGAAUGGGAGGAGCACGAAAGGUGGAUACUGAUGAUGAACCAUUUGAGGAUGAGAUCAAAAUUUACUACGCUUCAAGGACUCACUCUCAACUGACGCAGUUCAUAUCGGAGUUGCGUCGUCCCAUCUUCCCUUCAUCCUUGCCCACGGAUUUGAUGGUCCAACAUCCUGAGGAUGAGUUGCCAGGGCAUGAACCUGUAAAACAGAUCCCUCUUUCCUCACGGCAAAAGCUCUGCAUCAAUCCGGCCGUAUCAAAACUCGGAUCCGUAGCCGCCAUCAACGACAAGUGCAGCGAAUUGCAGAAGCCCAAUUCAAAAGACAAAUGUGCAUAUCUUCCAAACUCUGAGAAUCUAACUGAAACACACCGAUUCAGGGAUGCAGCUCUGGCAACCCUUCCUGAUAUCGAGGACCUCUCCGACAUGGGAAGAUCUCAUCAAGUGUGUCCUUACUACGCCUCACGUUCAGCAAUACCUGCGGCUGAAAUUAUCACGUUACCUUAUCCGCUGCUUUUGCAGGCAAGCGCUCGCGAGGCACUGGGGAUACGACUCGAGGGGAAUGUGGUGAUUAUCGACGAGGCACACAACGUCAUGGACGCUGUUGCGAAUGUCUAUGCUGCACAGUUACAACUGAGUGAGCUGAGGAGGGCGCGGCAGAUGCUGGGCGUAUACUUCAAGAGAUUCGGAAAGAAACUCAAGGGCGAAAACAGGAUCAUGGUGGCGCAAGUUGUUAAGGUUAUCGACGGGCUGACUGAGUGGUCAACCACGGCUCUGUCUUCCCAGCUUGCAUUCAAGGUCGAAAGCUAUGCGGCCCACAUCGAAGAGUCCGAAAGCUCGGAUCCCUCAACCAAGCCGACUCACUCUAGCCCUGUCCUUCAUGCUCUUAUUUCUUUCAUUGUUGCUCUCACAAACCCAGCCGAUGAAGGGCGCAUCUUUUAUGAAAGAACCUCGGCUCCUCCUGAUCUCAAGCUAUCGUACUUGCUGCUGUCCCCAACACACGCCUUCUCAUCUAUUGCAACCUCCGCACGGGCAGUCAUUCUCGCUGGAGGCACCAUGUCCCCGUUCGAGGACUACAAGACGCACCUCUUCCCUUACUUGAAGCCUGACAAAAUCACCACUCUCAGCUGUGGCCACGUCAUACCCGAUUCGAACCUUUGCGCCUGGACAUUGGCAUCUACGCGGCCCAGAAACACAUUUCAAAAUUCUGCUGCAGCCGAUGCAACAAGCGGUGUGUUUGAAUUCAGCUUCCAAAGGCGAAGUGAUAAAGACACGAUCAACAGGCUUGGCCAAGCACUGCUGAAUAUCUGCUCGGUAGUACCCGACGGCGUGGUCGUGUUUUUUCCCAGUUAUGGCUACCUGGAUGAAGUCAUCGAGGUUUGGAAAGCACCGCCAACGACCGAUGGCGGCAAGUCAUUGUGGGACCGAUUCCAAGCCAAGAAAGCUCUGUUUAGGGAAAGCAAAGGCGGGUCCAGUGACGAAGUUCUGGCGGGAUACAGCGAAGCCAUACUAGGAGACAGUCAACCGAAAGAUCAAAAGCAUGCCAAAGGCGCGCUACUUCUAAGCGUUGUUGGUGGUAAGAUGUCCGAGGGCAUAAACUUCUCUGACCGCCUCGGUCGGUGUGUUGUCAUUAUAGGUCUCCCAUAUCCCAACAUCAACAGCCCUGAGUGGAAGGCACGGAUUGAGUACCUCGAGUCAUCCACUGCCACUCGCUUAAUGCAGGCUUCACCAACAAUGUCGAAAGCACAAGCAUCGCAGGAGGCCAAGCAGGCUGCGCGGGACUUCUACGAAAAUGCAUGUAUGCGUGCUGUCAACCAAAGCAUUGGACGCGCGAUUCGACAUAAGGGAGACUACGCUGCCAUCGUGCUCAUAGACCGCCGUUUCGGGACGGAUCGGAUUCGCAACAAACUGCCUGGGUGGAUCAAAGGGCGACUUGUGCCUGGUGCAGAGGGGCAAGGUCUACAAGGGCUGAUGGGGCGCUUAAACUUGUUUUUCAAAGCUAAGAAGUCUAUCAAUAUUAUAUGCUCUGUAUUGCACGUUGCAUAUGCAAACAUCCUUUCGAGCGGUGACAAUGGCACAAUCCAGGACACACUACAAUCCUACAACUGGAAACCAAGAGUGUUCAUUUUGUCAGAUAUCUUGAACGAACCAGAUGAUUCCAUGUCACUCGUACGAUACAUGCUAUAUUCCAACGAAUUUGAGACGAAGGGACUGUGCGCUACGACAUCGUGGUGGCUUAAGAACACGACUCACCCCGAGGAGAUGAGAACUAUUGUCCGGGCUUACGGAGACGUGGUUAAUAACCUGAAUCAACACGUCCAUCCAAAGGCACAAUAUCAGAGUGCAGAAAAUCUUCUCCAGCUAGUUACAUCCGGCCCAGCAACACUCGGACUCGCUGCUCUUAACGAGACGAUUAGCGAAGGUGCGCAACGCAUUAUUUCCAGUCUUCAAGAGUCGGAGGAGCCUCUCUUCAUUUCUGCUUGGGGUGGCACCAAUACGCUUGCUCAAUCACUAUACCAUAUGGACAACACGAUGUCGGUCGCUGAGGCAAAAGAAUUGCGGUCACGCAUCAGGCUCUACGCAAUAUCCGAUCAGGAUGAUACAGGAGCUUGGAUGCGAGCUCGCUAUCCUGAUAUGUUCUACAUCGUUUCCGUGCACGCAUGGAACGAGUACCCGGCCGCUACAUGGCCCGGUAUCAACGUUGCAGAUUGCGCAUGCGUUGCAAACGAGACUGUGUUGAACCCGUGGCUUGAUGCGAAUAUAAGACUUGGACCCCUCGGCCGAGUAUCCUCAAAUCGAGUUCGCGCGAUAGGUGCUGACGGCAAUACUUGGGCUACAAAUCAGGCGUCUAUCUGGCGGUGGCGAUCAGCGUCCCAAGACGACUUCGCAGCUCGCAUGCAAUGGACUUUGACACAGGAUUUUACCCAGGUAUCACACCAACCGGUUCUGAAUGUCAACGGUCAUCAAGGCCCGGACCCGUUGUUUCUCAACGUCACAGCAAAUCAAACUUAUACAUUCAGUGCCAAUUUGACCUACGACCCAGACCACCCGGCAGACAACAGCAGACUAGGUUUUCUAUGGAUUAUAUACCCCGAGCCAACAACGUUCCUGCCGGAUUAUCUGGACGUCCAACUGAAAGCAAUCAAUGGACCUGCAGGAAAUGCAUCAGACCUGAACGACGCGGGAUUUGCGCACGUUGCGGUAGGGAGAGAAGUUCAGAUCACCGCACCGGCACCAUGGACUAACCCAUAUACCGGCCUUUUGACCGACUUUCACCUCCUCUUACAAGUCACAAACAACGCUGGUCCUUAUCCAAUCAGAAGAUAUAUGAGAAUUGUCUGUGAAUAUGUCAACCCCUGA